UUCCUUUCUGGGAAGUGGAUCUCGGUCAGUUUAACUCUUCAGCCUCAGGACCUCUGGAAAAACAAGCGGCUGGCAGCAAUCUGACCCGGGAGGUGAUUUUUACACGCACACACACACACCACAUCUCUGGGCUCUAAGCUGCGGAACCAAGCAGCUUUGCCACCGAUGGGUGGAAGAGCAGAGGAUGGCAAGUCGCCCUCUGAUAUCGCUUUCCAGUUGCGGUGCUGGAAAAGACCCUGCCCGGGAGAUGCAAUCAGUCAACCCUAAAAGAAAUCGACCCUGAUACUCUUCUUUGGAAGGGCAGGUUGCCACCUGAUGAGAGUAGCAGAAUAACAGUUGGAUGGGAUUUUGGAGAUCUUCCAGUCCAACCCCCUCCAUCACCACCCCUGCUCAGGCAGGAAACCUCUACUAUUUCAGACCAAUGGCUGUCGAAUCACUUCUUUAAAAAUUUCCAAUAUCGGAGCCCCGGCAACUUCUGGAGUUCGGCGAACCGGCUGAUCGCACCACUGGCUGACCUCACCCCACCCGGCCCCGCCCAGCCACUCCUUAUCUUGCCUCGCCCGCCUUUCCUGCUUGCCUGGCUGCUCCUGGACCUUGCCUGCUUGACUGCCCUCACCGAUAGCCCAGAUCACGUGGCCCAGGCCCAUCUGCUCCCGGACCUCGCCUGCUUGCCUGCCAUUGUCGAUCGGGCCCAGCUCCUACUCCAAGUCUUGAACACCCAAAAAUGAGUGCAGCGAAAAAAGCAAGAACAGAUAGUGGAAGAUCAUUCCAAGAAGCCUGGACAAAGUCAUUUGGAGUGAUUGAACACAGUGGGAAAGCGUUAUGUACUUUGUGCAAUGAAAGCGUUGUGUGUCGCACAUCGAGUGUCCGGCGGCACUUUGACACCAAACACAAAAGCGUUGCCGAACUUGGUGCAACUGAAAGAAAAGAGUUUAUGGAAGGGAAAUUGAGGAAAUACCAUUCCUGGUCUCUUACUUUUUCCAACUGUCUUUCCAGAACAAAUCAUCUGACAGCUGCCAGUUUUCAAAUUUCACUGUGCAUAGCAAAACAUGGUAAGCCCCUCUCCGAUGGGGAUAUUAUCAAAACGGCCAUGUUGUCGAGGUGCAAUUCCCUCUUUCAUGAUUUCCCAAACAGGGAUAAAAUCCUGAAACGCAUCUCCGAGGUGCCGCUUAGCAGGAAUACUGUUAAAGAUCGCGUCCAGCGCAUGGCAAGUGACAUCGGUCAGCAACUCACCGCUGACUUACAAAAGGCAGCCUGUUACUCCAUGUGCUUGGAUGAAAGCACAGAUGUAAAUAAUCAUGCAAGGCUAGCAAUCCUCCUGCGUUACGCUGCCGGCGACAUCAUGAGAGAAGAGCUGCUGAAACUGGUGUCUUUGCCUGAAAGAACGCAAGGGAUAGAUAUCUACAAUGCUGUGAUGGAGGCUUUUGUGGCACAAGACAUAAGACCGGAAAAAGUGGUUUCGAUUACGAGCGAUGGGGCACCUUCUAUAGUGGAAGCAGCAUCUGGUUUCAUACAGUCCUUUGGUAAAGAAACAAAACACCAAGUCAUUCAGUUCCAUUGUAUUAUACAUCAAGAAGAUCUUUAUGCCAGGGAAAGCGGCAAAAAAUUUGACGAUGUCCUCAGGGAUGUCACAAAAAUGGUGAAUUACAUCAUGGCUCAUGCUCUGAAUUUUCCACAGUUUAAAGCACUUCUUGAUGAGGUUCAGGCACAGUAUAAUUGCUUACUUAUGUACAAUAAUGUCCGGUGGCUGAGCAGAGGACGAGUCCUGGAGAGAUUUGUAGCCUCCUUGGAUGAAAUUAGGCUGUUUAUGAAUGAAAAUGGGCAGGAAUAUCCACAGCUCACUGAUACGGCCUGGCUUACCAACCUCAUGUUUUUUACAGAUUUUACAGUACACUUCAAUGUACUGAACAAACAACUACAAGGUGUAGGGAAAACAGCAGAAAGAAUGUUUUGUGAUAUCAAAACAUUUGAGAGAAAACUGCAGGUUUUUGAAAGAGACCUUGAAAGUGGGCAGCUGAAAUAUUUUCCAAAUCUAAAAACGCAUUUAGAAAAUUCUACAACGGUUACAGACAAUCCUGCAAGCCGUCAGGAAAUCUACAAGGAAUUUUCCAGCAUUGUAGCAGCUACAAAGGUGAAUUUUAGUAACCGGUUUUUACAGUUCCAUAAGAUGGAGACGACCCUGUGUUUUCUUACCUUUCCAGAUAAAGCCGAAUUUGAAGAACUUGAUCUUUCCUGCUUACACUGGUUAGAUUUAGAAAAUCUGGAAAUGGAACUAUUGGAAUUUCAAGAAAACUCCAUGUGGAAAAAUAAAUUCUACGACCUGCGUGAAACACUUGAGAAGAUAGAAAGGACGACAAAGGACAGCACAGUUAGUUCUGACCCAGUUACUUCUGAAAAUGAAAUCCUUAAAGUGUGGAAUUCUCUGCCAAAUCAUUUUAAGUCAAUGAAAGCCCUUGCGAUUGCUUUCCUUACUUUGUUUGGCUCCUCUUAUGCUUGUGAGCAGCUGUUUUCAGCUUUGAAUUAUAUCAAAUCUGACACCAGAAACAGAAUAACAGAUGACUUGAGUGCUGCUUGUGUUGCUCUCAAACUUACAAAGUAUGAGCCAAGGUUAGAAAAAUUAUCAGUGUGCAUACAACAGCAAAAGUCACAUUAAUCAAUAGCAUGGCAAAUGCAA